AUCCCUAAUCCCAGCGCAGCACAAACAAACACCGCGCCGCCGCCACAGCUUUGCCCUACAGAAUCCUUUUACUCCGAAGAUUCUCAAGACGCCCCUGAUGGCUCCCCGCGUCGCCUCCGCUCUGCUCUUCGUCGUGGCCGUCCUCGUGGCCUCCGCGGCGGCGCAGGAGUCCAUGGCGCCCGCGUCUGCUCCGGCGCCGGGACCGGUCGCUGGCGCGGCCUCCGCUCCGGCCUCCGCUGUGGCCGUGGUGUCGUCCGCACUGCUGUCCCUCCUUAUGACGGCCCUGAUGCAGUAGAAGUAUCAUACUAGAUUUGAGCGGGAAUUUGGUUCAGUGUUGCUAUUCCUCAUUCUUUUUGUAUCAUAUAUGUCUGCGACAUUUAUAUAUAUGAAUAAAGUUGGAUGAUCUGCUGCAUA